AUGAGUAAUUAGAGAUUUGAUAUAGUUAGAUAAGGAUUAAACAUAACAUCAGGAAUGAAGAGUGAUAUAGUAGAUCUAUAUAAGAGAGCUUUAAGUUAGAAAUAAUAUUAAAAUAAAGCAGAUUAUGUGCGUUAUCAUUUAGAAUAGAAAUAUGGUAUGAUUUAAUAAAAUAAUAGUAAAGGACGUUGUUGGUGUGUUUUAUUGA